AUGCUUGGCCCCACCAAACCCAGGCUUGAUGGAACACCAAAGGCCAAGAGACGGGCCAGAUUGGUACACAAGUCACCUCUCACCAUCCAGCCAAAGCACAAAUUUGACUUCAAGACGCUGGAUGCUCACUCGAGGAGACACGAUGUGCUGUUCGAGAGCCCACGGCGACCAGCUGAGCCUGCACCCAAGGAUGAGAUCAUGGCGGAUGUCGAAGAAAGUCCUAGCAAAGCUCGCCAGAAGCUGAUCGAGAUUGCCGGUGUCAAGACGGAGGAAGAUGCGGACAAGGCUCUCCGAGCGAUGGAGCGAACUGAUGCCGGUGCCUCGAGGACGAGAUGGUACUUCUUCAAAAGGGAUAUCAGCGGCCUAGAUGAACCUCCUUCGUUCCCGAAGAAGUUUGCCAAGGGUCCUUGGUCUUUUCUCGAGAAGGCUGGAACAAGAGACCGACACAUCAUGUCGGGAAUGCCGAAUAAUCUUGCCGUCAAUGUCAGGUUUCCGGACGAAUUAUAUCUCUGGAUCUUGGACAUGGUAACUGUUGAGAGAGUCGGUGUUCUUCGGGAGGAAUACAGCAAGAUCGUCACUGCCAACGGCAAACAGGUCAAGCGCCUGAUCACGCCUGAGCAGCUCGAAGAGUGCCUGAAAAGAUUGGGCGCAGCGGACCACAUCGGAGACGAGGUACUACGACCUGUACGAGAAAGUCGAGAUAUCUACGUCGACUACGAAUGGGAACCUCUCCAGUCGUUUUUGAAAUGGCUAACCUACGUGGCACAUCAUCUUAGCUACGCAACAGUUACGUAUGCUGUCAAGAUGCUCUUGCGCAUGGCAGCUGACAAGGUGGUCCUCGAGAAUGUGGACAUUCUCACGCGCCAUCAGGAUGCCUUGGCAGCUCUGGUCGAUACUGUCAGGGACAGUGCCUGGGACGAGUUUUGCGCCGAGAUCUGCUCGUCUCUGUAUCACGGAUUUAUCAAGACCUCACUACGGAUGUUACCGCUCAUCUGCAUGCCUGUCACUUCGCGGAAGCUCCAUGAGCUGCGUAGACGCCUAGCAGUUGCCUUCUUCCUCCGAGACGCUGCUCUGGCCAGCGAGCACCCCGAUGAUGUUAUCAGCCUUCGCCUCGUCAUUGCUCGGGUUAAAGACAGCGACUUCAAGAUCAACAACAAGACCGAAUAUGUGAACCUGAAGGCGCUGGUCCAACUCCUUGACAUGGCGGUGGACGACGGGGCCUUCGCGCAUGAUAACGAGGACUCGGAUUACGAAAAGGAGUUCAACAAUGACAUUGACGAUCUGGCGAAGCGUCUCAAGGCUAUCUGGCGAGGCAUCAAUGACACUGGAGCUGCGAACCUGGCCCGUACAGAGGCCAAGAGCGUGCUCGAGUGGGUUGGAGAGCGUCUGACAUACUCGGUCAGGACUAAACGCCCGCCGACACAGAGCAUUUUUGGAGACCAAGGCCCCUCGUCGGCCAGGAAGAGGCGCCAACAAGACUUCAUGCAAAGAUUCGUGCACUCUCGGAAGAACAAGCCAUCCGAGAUGGACAGCAACAUCGAGCCAGCUUCAAGCGAGGAUGAGACUUUCGUUACGGCAAUAGGUUAA